AAAAAAAGUCAUUUUACAGACAAAACUUGGUCAGACAAUCUUUAAAAUAUAAUUUUACUAGAAAAUAAACAUUAGCAUGGAUAUUUCGUGUAUUUUAUUCCACAUAUUAAUGAUAUCAGCAUGUUCUGGUGGUGGCAGCGGUGGUGGCCAUGUCACACACUGUCUUCAUUCAGACUGUGGUGUUCAGGAAGCAAUAGAAUACAUCGUCGGAGGCAAAAUAGAUUCACAUCUGUGCCAUGCUUUGAAGAAUGUGGACUGCAAUCAUCAUAUUCUCAUACACGACGGGAUGAUUUGUGCAACAGACGGGAAAACGUACCGUAACCAUUGCGAGUAUGCAAAUGCUACAUGUUUACAAAGUUUUGACAAGCACAACUACCCACUCGCCAUUGCAUCACAUGGUCCAUGCCGCACUUCUUCUACAAGUACUGUAGCGUCAACAAAAUCAACUACACUCUCUGUAAAUACGGGCAGAGGACCAGAUGUUAGCACAGUAUCAGUGGAUAAUGUUCUCAAAUCUAUCUUUUGUAAGAACGUGUGGUCAAUCAACUGUGGUCAAGAUUUCUCUAUCGUGUGCGGGUCCGAUGGAAAAUACUAUCCAAACGAAUGUGAACUUCUAAAAUGGCAGUGUGAUAAUCCUUUAUUAAGGAAAGCAUCGGACACAAGUGUUUGUGGCUAGACAAGAUAUAGUUUCGCUUGGUUGAAAUGAAGCUGUAAUACAUUUUGUCAAUAAAGUUGACUAGGAAAAAUAUAAUCUUACAAUCUA